AUGAGUGAUCGCCACAAAACUCCUCGAGUUUUUGCUAGUGGCUCUCAGAAGAGGAAACUGCAAGCAGAACGUAACAAGAAAUCUGAAGAAACUUUAGCUAAAACAUCCAAACUGACCUAUUUUUUUAAAUCAUCAAAUAAAGAAGAAAUACCUCAAGAUCCUAAAAAAAUAGUAGGAGAUUUAACAGAAGAUGAAGACGUGGUCGACAGUAUCCAAGAUCAUCCUGAGGUUGAGGUUUCAUCAAGUGACAACACACAGUUUUCUAUAACUGAAUAUCAGCUCCAAGAUGAAGCAACAUUUUGCGGUUUCAAAAAUGACAUAGGUCUUUGGCCUGCCAAUAUAACAAAAGAAAUGAUCGAAUAUUGGGCGAAAAAAAGUUCGACAGAACUUCAAAAUUGCGAUAAAUUGUCUAUGCAAAAUACAGUUCCAUUUUAUCAAGAUGAGCCGCGAGAUAAUUCUAACUUUGUUCGGAAAUGUACAAAAAACAUGUUUACACGCCGCAAUAAAAAUCAAGAAACCGUCAAUCGAUUCUGGCUUUGCUUUUCUCCAUCUAAGGGAAAAAUAUAUUGUUAUCCAUGUAAAUUAAUGUCCUCUCAAAACACCAAACUCAGUAGAGAAGGCUUCAAUGACUGGAAGCACGCAUCCGAUCGUCUAUAUGAUCAUGAGAUUUCGAAGACUCAUUUGGAAUCAGUAAUGAGUUUAGUGCAACGGGGAAAAGUCGCAGGACGUAUCGAUCAAGAGCUAGCGAUGACUAUCAAAUUCAUUGCUGAACGCGGAUUAGCCUUCCGAGGUGACAAUGAAAUUGUUGGGUCAUCGAGAAAUGGAAAUUUCCUGGGAAUUUUGGAAUUGCUAGCAGAGUAUGAACCUAUCCUGGCCACCCACUUAAAAGAGCAUGCAAACAAAGGGAGUGGUCAUGUCAAUUACCUUUCGUCUACGAUUUGCGAAGAACUGAUCAGAUGUAUGGGUGAUAAAGUACUUACUGAAAUAGUAUCCAGGAUAAAAAAAUCCAAAUAUUAUUCUGUAUCAGUAGACUUUACUCCCGACGAAUCUCACAUCGAUCAACUAACUAUAGUUGUUCGAUACAUGGAAGGAUCGACGCCAAAAGAAAGAUUCCUCACCUUUUUACCAAACUGCGGUCAUACUGGCGAAGCCACAGCAAACGCUCUACUCAAAUUUUUAGGUGACCAUCAAAUAGACAUCAUGGAUUGCCGCGGCCAGUCAUACGACAAUGCUGCAAACAUGAGUGGCAAAUAUAGAGGGAUGCAGGCUCUUAUUCUGGAGAAAAAUCAUUUAUCGGCAUUUGUACCAUGUUGUGGUCAUUCUCUCAAUUUAGUAGGAAAAGCAGCGGCUAAUUCUUGUCCCUCGGCUGUUCAAUUCUUUGAUUUCAUGCAGGAUUUAUACACGUUUUUCACAGCAAGUGCAGAGCGAUAUCGAAUUUUGAUUGAGAAAUUAUCGAAGAAAAAAAGCGGACAGUUUUACGUGUUGAAAAAGCUUAGCGACACUCGUUGGUCUUGUCGAGCUGAAGCAACGAAAGCCAUAGUCGAGGGCUAUUCGGAAAUCGAAGAAGCUCUAACCAGCAUAUCUUCCGAUAAAGAGCAAAAAGACAUUGUGAGGAAUGAAGCAACGCACCUUCAACAGAAGAUGAGUAAUCUCGAAACCGCUUUGUUUGCAACCUUUUGGAACGACCCCAGGUAG